CAGGAUCCUCAAGGCUUGCCAUAGUUCCAGAAGAGAGUAGCAACUCUUUCUGCAACUGCAGCCUAUCACUUCAAAGUAAAAAAAGGCAAUGAAAAUGAAAAGUGUUUAUUUUGUUGCUGGGCUCCUUUUAAUGAUAGUUCAAGGCAGCUGGCAAAAUCCUCUUCAGGAUACAGAGGAGAAAUCAAGAUCAUUCAAAGCUUCCCAGUCUGAGCCGCUAGAUGAAUCUAGACAGCUGAAUGAAGUGAAACGUCACUCACAAGGCACAUUCACCAGUGAUUACAGCAAGUACUUGGACACUAGACGAGCUCAGGACUUUGUGCAAUGGUUAAUGAGCACUAAAAGAAAUGGCCAACAAGGACAAGAGGAUAAAGAAAAUGACAAAUUCCCGGACCAGCCCUCAAGCAAUGCUAUCUCCAAGCGUCAUGCUGAAUUCGAGAGACAUGCUGAAGGCACCUACACCAGUGAUAUCACCUCUUAUUUGGAAGGUCAAGCUGCCAAAGAGUUCAUUGCUUGGUUAGUCAAUGGACGAGGAAGAAGAGAUUUCCCAGAGAGUGCUCUUGUGGCUGAAGAAAUGGGCCGAAGACAUGCAGAUGGCACUUUCACAAGUGAUAUCAACAAAGUCCUUGAUGACAUGGCUGCCAAAGAGUUCCUAAAAUGGCUGAUUAACACAAAAGUUACCCAAAGGGACCUUUUGGGAGAAUACCAGUAAAAAUGCAGAAUACAAAUGGGAUAAAUGAAGAUCUUCAUUGCAUCGACUGCCAGUUAUUAGGAGAUUAUGAAAUCUGUAUUCUGUCAUUUAUAUUGGGUGUAACAAAGCUAUGUCACCUUGCAUGCCAGGAAAUAAUUGUAUUAUACUUUAGUGUUGCCAAAGGUUUAUAUAUGGAAAACCUAUUGUCAAAGGUUGGUUGUCUUAACAGCUUUAUGACUAUGAAAGUUCCAUAUCUUCAUAUUUUCCAUGUAUUAGGACUGAAGUCACUCCAUUUAUAUUUAACGAUAAAAUUAUUUUUCUAAAAAGUUGACUUCUACACACAAAUGAUUCAAUCACCAAUUAUAUGUGUUAUUUGUAAGCGGCUGGCAGCUAUAAAUGCCUAAGAAGUGAAUAUCCCUCUUAAAACCUUUGUUAUAAAAAGGCUAAGCUUUAAGGAUAUUAAAUGAUAGCCUUAAAUAAAUUUUUUCAAGCUUC